AUGUCAGUGCCUGAGUUAGGAGUAGUAUUGUGCAACUCCUACCACCACGAUGAGCGCAACUACUUCUACAACAGACACUAUUACUCCUACCCCCACCACGAGUGCAACUACUUCGACCACAGACACUACUACUCCUACCAAGAACACGAGCACUCCUAUUUCUACCACAGACCAUUGUGCAACUCCUACCACCACGAUGAGCACAACUACUUCUACAACAGACACUACUACUCCUACCCCCAGCACGAGUGCAACUACUUCUGCCACAGACACAGCUACCCCUACCACCAACACGAGCACUCCUAUUUCUACCACAGACUAAACUACUACUCCUAUGACCACCACGAGCGCACCUACUUCUACCCUAAAAACUACUACUACCACCACUACGAGAACAUCUACAUCUACUACAGGCCCUGCUACUCCUACCACCACCACGAGCACUCGUACUUCUACCACAGGAACUACUACUCCUACCACCACCACGAGCACUCCUUCUUCUACCACAGACAUUACAACUCGUACCACCACCACGAGUGCAACUACUUCUAUCACAGACAAUACUGCACCAACCACCAUCAUGAAUGCUCCUACUUCUUCCAUAGACAUUAUUACUCCUACCACCACCACGAACGCUCCUACUUAUACCACAGACCGUGCAACUCCUACCAACACCACAAGCGCAACUACUUCUACCACAGACACUACUACACCUACCACCACCAUGACUGCUCGUACUUCUACCACAGAUACACCUACUCCCACCACCACCACGAGCUCUCCUACUUCUAUCACAGACAGUAUUAA